GUACUGAUUCACUGCUUUUGAUAUCGUACGAAGAGUGCUUGAAUAUAUUUAUAAAGUAUUGUCCAAAUUGAUACAAAGCGGUGGUAAUGUCAAAGCUGGAGACCAGAUAGAUCAUUCCAUUUUUCUGAUACUCGUUGAGGUGCUAAAAUCAUUGAAUUGUUCACGAUCACCGUAAUUGUGUCAGUCAGUGGCAAACAAGAAAUUUUCUCCGAACUUGUUGCAUUUUAUCUUUUCAUGUCUGAACAUUGACAAAUGGAUAAUAAAAAUCAAUGCCUCUGAUUCGCAUCAAGAGGUUUUUCUUCAAGACAAUGUGUUUAUCUUAAUAUGGACCAAUAAAAUAACAAUGCAUUUUUUUAAUAUAGCGUCGAGUUCGGAUUGACAUUUUAUAUGUAACUUUUGUUGUCAUUCAUUCUGGAUUUACAUCCGACAUUAUGAAUUAAUUGGCAUAAUAUUUAGAUGUUAUGUUUCAAGUUGUGAUCACUAAUCGAUACUCAUUAUGAACUGUCCGUGCCAUAGGGCCUUACCGAUCCCAUUAUCAUUAAUAAGACCUUGACCAGCCUAUAGUGACAAGCGAUCAAUGGAUUCGUGUACUCCUAAGAACUUACUAACCACAAAGUCUCCAGAUGGCACUUUGGAUACGUUAUCAAGUUUGUCCCCGACACUUCAUCACCUAGUCAAUUCGACGAAUGACCGUGUUGUCAAUCAUCCGAUAUUAAAGCGUUUUGAUACAGAAACGCUUUUGCAUAAAAGUGACAGGUGUGGUAGGUCACCAACUUCCUCGGUACUCGAUCACCUUCAAGAUUAUGGAAAUAAUUUCCCAAACGCUCUUAAAAGAUUACCGCCUGUGAAAUUCGGCACGUCGGGCAGGUCAUCGACAACGUUUCGAAGACUUGGGCACCUGCCAAUGCCAUCCGAUGACCGCGUUGAUGAUCAGCGGACAGGGGGUUGGAAGACACCUGACUCGAAGACGAGGUCAUUGACAACGUUUCCGACAGAUGAGCUUCAAGAAAAAAGACACAGAACGGAUCGUGACGACAAUUUUCAGAAAAUUUUUGAUCUUGAGUUGUUCAGAAAGGCUUUAUAUAGCACCCGCGAUGGUCUUAUUGAAAAUGGUUGGCUAGAUACGAAUUUAUUUCACGAUCGACCUAUGUUGCUAGAUGACAUGGGUCGUGAAAGAAGAUUGAUUUCUCCAUCGAUGUUUGGUAGAACAUUGACAACAAUUAAUGCAGACUAUACUAGGCAGAACACACAAGCCAGCUCGUUUGCACCAUUUGGUCGUCGAAGUCCGGCUAUCGACGUCAGUGAUCACCAUGCUAGACCGAGGACAUCAUCAUAUCUCUCAAGGAAUGUCCGAGUAAAUGGGAGUGCCAUGAUGAUGACUACCAGACCGAUUCCUCCAAAUAAGAAGAUUAGAAAUGACAAAGGUUUCCAUUUGAAGCACACUUCAUCAGAACCUCGUCGUCGAUCUCGUACUGCACCUGCUGUUAUCACAAGGAACGUGGAAAGACCAUGCCAUCAGAAUAUUUCAAUGAGUUCUUCUUCAAAAGGAAAACUCUCAAUCACUGUGAAUAUGGACCCCUUGAUUUCUUCAUCGAUUGAAAGUUCAGAGAAAGCUGAAAUUCAAGAAAAUGAAGUUCAUAAAAGCGGUGAUGAUAUCAUCUCCCUCCAUGGAAACGUUGGUAGUUCUGAGAGCCUUCUCAAUUAUGACAAUAGCAUGAAUAAAGCCAACAAACUUCCUCCUGUUGACCUUUCCGUAUAUGACCGAAAGAAGCCCAUAUUUCUCGGAAAACCUAAAUGCGUCGGCAGUAUGAGCGAAACUUCGGCAGACGACGUCAACAUCGAUAGGUCCGAACACGAUCAAGAUCAGGAUCAAAUAAAAAUAGUUGAGCAAUCCGUAUUGACGAAAGAUUCAACAAUGGUAGAUCCAUUUGAAAGACUAUUAAAAGGUCUUCGAGAACCAAGGUUUCGUCGACUUGUUGCUCGUGAUGAUGGAGCAGAUGACGUUGCCAACGUCGGUGAUGUCGACAACAAUGACAACGAAAUUAACUGCUUCGAAAAGGACCUUGACUUAGCCAUCGAAAAGUUAGAACAAUUGAGAAGUAAUUUUGUCAAUGCGGCAGGACUGAAAUGAUAAACUUUCAUAAUCUCCAAUAUACCCAUGCAGGCCUACUUGAUGUAAAAUAAAGUGUGCUCAGAUAUUUAUAACCGUCAUUUUUUUUUUAAUUUUAGAUCAUCUGUUAUAUGAUUAUUACUUUCACAAUUUCAGCAGAUUUUCAUCGCUUGCCAGGUGCCAUAUGUUUAUAUCAUUUCAACUCUAUCACAUUUCCCUUUCGCUCUCCCUCUCUCUCCCUUUUCCUCUCAAUUAUUCUCUCCCUCUCUCUCUUUUCCCAUCCCGUCAUCUGUCCAUCUCUCCAUCGUCUAUUCCUGACGGAGAGGGUUUUUUUUCAUUAAAAUAUGAAUAAAGGAAGGGAAUCCUGUAUCAGUCUAAUUAGCUUAAUCUCUUUACCACUAUUGUUUAUAAUUAUCAAGUAUUUUGCUAGGAUUUGUACUUUUUCAUGUACAGUAUCUGUUGUUAUAUGUUCUGGACCCAAGGAAAGAACAGCGUUGUUGUAAAUUAACAAAGCUGAGUGCCAUUUUACUAUAUUUUUUUAAAAUGUUGUCAUGUAUAUGUAUUUACCCUGUAUUUUUUUUAGCAUGGUAAUGUGAAAAAUAAAUAUCAAUAUCAACCAAUCAUGUUUUCAGAUCCAAUUAUUCAUAAAUCCCCAUUUAUUUGUAUCACUUUCAUCGUAUUCGUAUUCAACUUUUCAUCAACUCACAUAUCAUACCAAAACAACAAUAUCUGGGCGACAAUACCGUUUCGUGUGCACGAACGAAUGAUUGCAUUUAAAAAGAGGCACAUUUUGACACCGCUAUUGACAUAGGUGUCCGUUGCUAAUGACUUAAAAGAUGAGAUACAUCUCCAGUAGUUUGGCCUCAGGUAAACACGGGUUUAUCUUCUCCUAAUGAAGUGUAUUAUUUACCUGCAUCUAUACCAUGUUGGCUUGUUUGCCAAGCAAACACCGAAUAGUCUAAGCAUCAGGUGUUACAUACCUUAUUACUUGAUUGACCACUUUUACAGGAUACCAAUAAUUGAUCAUGUAAGUUGGCUGUAAAGACAAAAGAACAUGUCAAUCAUUAAAGGAAUCAGAAUCUAAUGAAUUAUUUACGUAUCGUGAAUUGUUUACAACAAAUUGUUCUGCUAGGAAUGUCUCAUUAACCAAACUAUGUUCGUACUUGAAAAGGGUCAUGAGGUAACAAGCGCAUCGUCAAUGAUGUUAUCGAUCUAUAGAGAUCGAAUUUCACACGGUCAAUACUGAACAUAAAGGACAAACAUGCAACAUUAUCGGUGUUUCUUAUUCGAAGUGGACGUCAGACUUUCAAUACAUUAAUUUAACACUCAAUCUUGAUUUAAUGAAUUAAUUUGUUUCGACUUGAGUUUCGAUGAGACGAACGGGUCUGCGUAGUGCAGCCUAUAUGUACAGGUAAUAUACACUAACUUGACGACACUAGCAGGUUGUGAUUUGGAUGGACAAUGACCAUAAAAACAGCCCGCAAAGAAGUGCCUACUUAGGAAGCAACCACUAAUGAAUUGCAUCACAUGCGGGCGCCAUAAUUGUAUAGUAAAUCAAUUGCUUCAAACUGCUGUCUCCUCUCCCUCGUUCAAGCUUCUUCUGCCAGGUCGGGAAAGCUCGAAUUAUAUUUUUAUUACCAUCGUGAACAGAUGUAUUUUCAUUUGGACGAAAGCUUCUAUCUUUCGAUGAGCAGAUGAAACGUAGCCGAGGAUAAUCGACAAAGUAAACAUUUGUGAGAGACGGGAAAACAACUAAAUAGACGAAUCACCAUAGGCCUGUACAUGACGGUAUACCAGAGACCUAUAUGGUGUGAAUUCGAACAUCAACACGAUUUCGAUAUCAUCAUAAUGGUUUACAUGGUUCUAUUAUUACACACA